AUGCUACGUGGUGGCCUCGCGCGCCCCGCUUGGCGGGGCAUCUACGUCUUCGUUGCCUGCGUACUUGCCGUAGCAGAGGCGUCCUCGACCUUUGGGUUUGCAGGCGGCUACACGAGCGCGUCGACGGCGUACCCAGCGACGUGCGUCGGCGUCUGUGGCUCGCAGACCGUGUCACUGGUCGUCCAGCGGACAGGCGACCUCUCUGCAAGCCAGAACGUACUCGUUUCGACGGCGCCGUACAUCAUUCCAGCCUCAUCUGCUGCUGCCAAUGUUGACUAUACGCCCAUCACGUCGUAUGCACUGGCCUUUCCAGCUGGCGCUGCGACGCAGACUCUCAGCGUCACUGUGCUGACGGCUGGUGUGAAUCCGACCAACGUCUUCUUUCAAGUGUCUCUGGUGGGAUCGACGGCAGGAUCCACGAUCGACACGAGUACGACUACAUCGUAUGUGCAGAUCAUGGGCCAAGCCGGUGUCAUUUCCUUCUCGAUGAGCAACUACUCGUUCUCGGAAGCCGCGGGCACCGUCACGAUCCCAGUGCUUCGCACCGGUGGCUCGUGCGGCACCGUUUCGGUCGCGUACACGCUGGGCAAUGCCAUGUCGACAACGGCCGUCCGUGGCACCAACUACGUCAUGGUCGACACGAAUCAAGUGCUGAUGUUCACGGACGGUCAGACGAGCGCGUCGAUUUCUGUGCGCAUCAUUGACACCCACGUCUUCGAGUACUAUAGCCUCUUCUUCACGCUGCAGCUGGUACCGCCCACAGUGCGCGGGGCGCUCGGGACGUUUCCAUCAACGUACGUUUUCAUUUUGGACAACAACGACGCCGGCGUCUUUGUCUUCUCGACCGAGUACACGUACUGCAGAGAAGACAAUGGCACCGCGAUCGUGUACAUCAACCGCACACUGGGUUCGUCGACGUCGACGGUCGCCCCCGUGCAGCUCACCGUCACGACGACGACGGCCGGCAACGCGACGCAGGGCAGUAGCCGCGCGUUCGACUACGAGACCAAGACGCAAGUCUUCGACUGGCUCUCGGGCGACGUGCAGAAGGCUUUUGCAGUCACCGUCUUCAACAACGCCGCGUACAACCCCGUCGUCCGCUCGGUGCAGGUGCAGCUCUCGGCGGUCUCGGGCGGCGCGGCGAUCGGGACGACCAUGGACACGACCAUGAUCUACAUCGUCGACGACCGCGACGCCGGCACGUUCUCCUUUCGCACGUCCAGCUACAGCGUCGUCGAGAACGCUGCGCACGUCACCCUCGACGUUAUCCGCAGCGGCAAACCCGACCCAUCCGGCGUCAACACGUAUACGAGCGGUGUCGUGUCUGUCGACGUCGUCACGAACGCCGGUACGGUGGUGCCCGGUCUCACUGUCAACGACCCGUUGUACGACUGGGGCGUCGUCCAAGCCCGUGGGUGCAGUCAUGUGAGUCCCUGCACGGCAACGCCGGGGGUCCACUACACAGCGCUCCCUGCAACUACAUUGACGUUCCAGGACGGCGAGAGCGCCAAGCAAAUCAGCAUCACAAUCGCGGACAAUAGCUUUUUCCAGGCCCCUAACCUUGUCUUCAAGGUCGUCUUGCAGAAUGUCCAAGGCGGUGCCUUCUUGGGACUGGACCUUUUGUACCCCACGAGUUUUAUUCCGAGUCUCAUGGCCUCUCUGGACCUCAGUCCUGCAGAUGUCCCCAACUUUGUGUCGGCGAUUGUGACGAUUGCCGACGACGGAGACGCGGCGGUCUUGCUCUCCAAGGCGUCGCUCUCCGUGUCCGAGGUGGGUCAAACCGAUGUUGUCUCGGUCGUCCUGAACGCUGCACCAACGGCGACCGUCACGCUCACUCUCGCUGGCGGCACCAACCAGCUCGUGCUCUCCGCCGGCAGCAUUACGUUUACGACCGCAAAUUGGAACGUCCCCCAGGCCAUUACGAUCUCGGCUGUCGCUGACACUUCCACGGUCGGCCUCAAUGCCAUUGCCGUGACGUUUGCGGCCACGAGCUCGGAUGCGCGCUACAGCGGCCCCGCGCGGCUCUCGAUCGGCGCAUCAGGUGUUGUGUACGGCGCCGGUAUCUACACGAGCCCGUGGGGCGUCUACUUGUCAGGGAACCCGCAGCACGCGUUUCCCUGGGUAUCGACGACCAGUGGGCUUCUUACGGCUCCGCUCGCCGCAUCUGUUGCCACGUACGUCUUUGACGCCAACCGCGCUGCGAUCGUUCUGCAGCCUGAAACGUCGCGACAUCAAUGGAGCAAGCCGACAAACUUUGUCUGCGCCCGAGCGCACGGCCGCGUCGCCAGCGUGCGCCUCUCACUUUCGAGUACGCCCACAGCCAACGUUGUCCUGUCGCUGGCCACGACGGCGGCAGGUGUCACGCUCACGCCGGCUUCGGUGACACUCACGCCGGCGCAAUGGUCGAGCGGUGCGUCGGUCAAUGUCGCGUACACAUCGAGCAGCGCCGGACUCGUUGUGACCGGUCGCGUCGUCGUCACGAGUGCAAGUACCGACUCGUUUUACGCUGGAAAAACAAUGGCCUUCUACGUGUCGGGGUACGACGCUGCGUCGAUCACGCUCAACCAAACCCAAGGCAGCUACAACGAGAACGGCCCGGCGGUUGGGCAAACCGACUAUACAGUGCGGUUGACAGCCGAGCCGAUGCAUUGGGAGCCAACAUUCGGCCUCUCGCAGCCGCACCAAGUGGCCCUGUCUCCCAUCGACGAUACCUCCCUCUCUACUUUCGCCAACCCGAGUGCCACCGCACCGACGCUACGCGUCGCGUCGAAUGCGUCCGAGAGCACAGCGGCUACCAGUUACCAGUACGUCGGGCUGCUCCGAUUCUCGCUCGCCUCGAUUGCUGCGUCGACUGGAAGCGCUCGCGUUGGUCUCGCACGUCUGCAGCUCCACCGUCUCUCGGGCGGUGAAAACGGUGGACUCGGCGGGCUCCAGCUGGGUGCUGUCGUGGCGACAUCCGCCACAUCCUGGCGAGCCGCCUCGCUCGUCACGUCGUGUGCCCUGGGCACAUGUACCGUCCUCGACACGUCGACCGCGUCACCGACGACGCGUACUGACUUGCUUUCGGCGGGGGUUCCGUUUGGCAACGUGGCGGCAUCACGCACGCUUCUCGCUGGGCUCACCGACAUUGCGCCAAAAGGAGCUUUGGAUCCAUCGAGCAACCAGUACGUUGGUGGCAGCGGCUGGCUCAGCCUCGACGUCACAACUGCGCUCAAUGAUCUCUCGACCGCGGGCCAAACUGAAAUGACCAUUGCCCUCUACGCACUGCGGGAGACAACGUUUGUCUAUGGGAACAUUGACGAGGUGACCUUGGCGUCGAGCAAGCAUGCGAAUGCGACCCUCCGGCCGUCGCUACUCUUAACGUCGUCAGGGCUCGUCAACGUCGCCGCGUCUGCGCUCGCCAGCCAGAGCACGCCAAGUGCGAACGCGUCCGCCGUUCUAGCGCCAUCGGCACCAGCUAUGUCGCUACUGACUGGACCCGCGUGGUGGCAAGCCAAUCUUGGUGUCAUGUACGCUCUCGAAGCUGUCGUGCUCUCGGUGCGUGUGCUGCUCCCAGGUGUAAGCACGAUCAACGUCUACUUGUCGUCGGCGUCGCUCACCACUGGCGUCCUUCCAGCCGUCAACACGGCAGCCGCGUCCUUCUCGCGCGCCUUCACCGUGACGACAACAACCGCCUCAGAAAGCGUCGCGCUCAACUGGCACGUCUACGGCGCAACGGGGGCGUUGGAUGCGGCUGGCAUCGUCUACGCACCAAGUCUCACGUCCCUUGUCGAAGCGCAAUUUUUGACAGUGCAGACAACGAGCACGCUGUACGUGACAGCCGUGAACGUUUACCAGGUACCCAUGGCCGCUGCGCGCGUCACGCUCGGGGCCAACUUGCCGUCGCCCAGCGUUCUCUCGGCAUCGAAUGUCCUCCGUGUCUCGGUGGACGAUCCGAUUGAGUCGGAUAACUCGCCCUGUAACGCCAACGACGUCUGCCGCAACGAAGUGCUCUUUACGAGCAAGUCGUGGAGCACGCCGCAGACGGUGCAUGUCGCCGUAGCCAAUGACAACGUCGCGUCCGGGCCGCGCACCGGAGCGAUCGCGCAUCUCGCGCGCAGCGCCGACGUCGAUUACAGCGCGGUCGCAUAUGGUGUGUGCGCCACGACGCCGGCGUCGUGCACGUCGCCGUUGCAGGCCACGAUGUCGGUCGCGAUUGCAGACGACGAUGAAGCCGGCGUGCUCUUCACCGACGGCGCCGUGACCGUGGUCGAAGGCGCGCGAGCGUAUCCCGGCGCGCCACAACCAACGGUGCGUGGGCAGUGGAGUCCCGUGACGACGCCCACCUGCAGUGCGCCCCGUGCGACCAACAGCGCGACGCCGUGUCAAGGCGUGUUUGAACCGACACCGCAGCUUUGGACGGCGUGCACAAUGGCCAACGCGACGCUCUUUGGUCCUUCGUCCGCCUUUGUAGUAGUUCAGUUGGACGCUGCAAAGAUUGCCUCAUUUGGGCCACCCAAUGACGUCACGGUGACGCUGCCGGGUAAUACGGUCCGCACGCCCAGCAUCCUCAGUCUCUGGACGAGCGCUCAAAGUACGUUGGACGCGACGCUCUGGACUCUGGUGGAGCGCGUCACGGUGCCCUUCUCGGCCUCGCCUGCCCCCAUCGUCUUCUCCGGGGACGCUCUCCUAGUCUACAUUGCACUUUGGCUCGAGACGUCCUACGACGUGACGGCACCGACGUGGAUGUGCGCCGAUGUCGCGUCGAUUGCGAUCCAUGGCGACGUUCCGACGUCGGUCGAAACCUCCGACGUCUCAAUCUCGCAGCUCUCGCGCAUGCACCAGCGCGGCCAACCGGCGCUUUUGAACGUGCAACUCUUGAGCGAGCCGGUCGUGGGCGUCGACGUCGUCGUGUCGACGCCCAGUGCCUACUUGACGGCGUUCAACCCGCAGAAUCUGUCGCAAAACGUCGGCGGCGUCACGUACGUCACAGGUGGAAGGUACAAUGCUGCGUCGUACGGGGCUUACCUCCCAACGACGCUCCGGUUCAACGCGAGUAACUGGAAUCGGUCCCAAGUGCUCCAAAUCGCUGCCAUCGACGACAACAUCUACCAUGGCAACCAGACGCUUGGCAUCACGUUCACGACGGUGGCGGCCGACACGACAUCGGUGGUGCCUCAGUCGUCGUUGACACCUACCGCCGUCGGCAUCACCAGCCGCCCACUGCCUCCAUCGUGCCGGUACGCGUCGACACCAUUUGUCGUCUCGGAUGGCACCCAGCGGGCCCCCGCCUGGCCUUUUCACUACGUCCGAUCCAGCACCAGUGCCGGGUCACUCACCCUCACCGUGGCACUCGUCGACGACGACCUUCCCGGUGUAUCAGUCUCGGUCGCCCCGCUGAUCGUCGUCGAGAAUGCAUCGAGUGUCUUCAACUACUCGGUCGUGCUAGACUCGCAGCCAACGGCGCCGGUCACCGUGGCCGUCACGCUGACACCGACGGCAAGCAGCACGCGACCCAACGUGGCAGCACUCACGUCAGCCGGCACACUUUCCUUUGACGCGUCGAAUUGGUGGACGCCGCAAUUCGUCGUGAUUGCCCCAUCUUACAUUGCGGGUUUCGAGGGCGUCGAAGCCUCGACCGUGCACUACACCCUCACGAUUCCCAAAGUCGACGCCGGCCUGCUCGUGACGCACGUCGUGACGAGCGCGGAUGCGUCGUACAACGGCCUUCCGCUCGCUUCGAACGACCCGACGUCGGUCGCCGCUGUCGCCCACGGUGUCUCUAUCGUUGUCGAGGACAUUGACACGGGCUGUCGCGGCAACUUUGAGUAUGCGUGCGCCAACAACCACGCCUGUGCUACGACGCUCCUCGGCAACCGCUGCAACUGCACGGGUGUCUACGGCCUUCGCGACUGCAGCGCCGCGUGCACGGACGCAGCCAGUUGCGGCUUCAGCCGCCUGAGUCUGCUGAUUCGCUGCGACAGCGCGUAUGCGGCUUCGGCGCCGUGCCCGGGGACCUUGGUGCCGUUCAACCUCCUCUCACCGCUGUACUUGCUUCUCAAUGCGACACGAGUCGUGAGCGCCGACGGCAGCGUGUACCCCGCGCUCUCGAACUUGCCGCCCAUGGAGCUCGGCCUCUACUUGGCGCAGGCGACGGCGACGACCGACCCCAAGUCGCACAGCAACGCGGUGCGCAUCGUGCUGGACGUUCUCGAACCGUCGGGCAGCAGCCGCCCGGUACAGCAAAAGCUCCUCGCGCUCUUCGCCAACGGCCAUUUGGCGUCGCUGCACGUCUUGUCGCUCGACCUUGUGGACGUUUUACCGCCCAGUGCCACCUCUAGUAUCGUCUUGUACGCGUUUGUCGCGUUCAUUGCGCUCGGGGGCGCCGCCGGGGGGCUUCUGGCAGUGCGGUACGUGCGCCACCCGUCCGUCACCGGCACCAAGAUGCACUCGCUCAUCGUGCCGCAGCCGCUGCAGACCGAGACGCACGCACUCAUCGACCACACCGAAGCCGUGCCGUCCUAA